CGCUCUGGUCCGCAGCCUGGAGCGCGUCUGCGACGAAAGAGCUCGACGCUUUGACGCUCGUGCGGAACAGCCGCGGCCGCGCGGGUGCGAACGGACUGAGCCGCCUGGUCGAGGGCCCGCGAGGCUGCUCCUCCGCGUUCCGCGAACUCCAGUUCCGUGCUUUACACGCGACGCGGCAGCGGAGGCGCGGGGAGGAAGUGGAGCUCGCGCUGUGCGAACGCAUCCAUCGCCCCGCCAGUGUGGUGCGCGGACAGGUCGCCGAAGCAGCAGCGAGCGAAGCAAGACAAGAGGCGCGGAAGGAAGGAAGGAAGAAAAGAAGGAAGGAGGAGGCAGAGCCGCAGGGCGCCCGGCCGCCCAUGUUGUCGGCGCAACUCGCUUCGAAGAGACUGCGGAUGCGGAGGGCGAAAGCAAACUGCCUGCAGAGCGGAGGAGAAGAACAAGAAGAAGAAGAAGAAACGCUUGCGAUUCGCGAGGGGGUCGCGCUCUCUGGAGAAACCGACGUCGAAGGCGAAGCACCGAGCCGACCGUCCAUGGAAGUGACGCUGGUCCCAGCCUGCUAGCACUGCAGCGUGUGUGUGGCGCUCGGCGGCGGCGGCGGCAAAUGAAAUGAAGUUUCGCAAGUCAAGAGCGAGCGCGCGCGCAGACGUUAAGUAGCUCGCGUGUGCAAAAGGGCCCGCCGUUUUUGGCUCCUGAUAGCAGAGGAGCCUUUCGAGAGACCCGCGAAAAGGGGCCGUGCGGCUCGUGUCGCGGGCGCGCGCCCUCAGCCCAGCUCACGGACUAGUUAGCCUGGUAGCGUUAGCUAAUUUCCUUUUUCCGCCGCCACCCUCCCCCUCCGCCGCCACAGGGCAGAGCGGCGACUGCAACAUACCCGCAGCAGCAGACGAAGUAGGAGGAACUCGGCGGACUAGUCAGUUGGGUUGAGCGUUCGCUCGAGGAUCCGAUUAGCCUUAAGCCUUAGCAGCCAGGUUGCUCGUUGUGUGCGGGGACUAACCAAACCAGAGCUCGGUUACCGACAUUCGGGGCGCGCGCGCGCUCGCUCGCUCGCUCCCGAAGCCCCUUCCCUUGCCUGCCUUGUCAAAGCGAGAAAAUGGAGAAGCCGUCGAGUCCGUCUCUGCUCGUCUCUCUCGCUGCUCCUCAUGCGUGAGGACUCGUCUCUGACAGCCUGGCGGCCGCGCGUUACGCGCACUUGAACCCGGUAGGCGCUUCCGCAACCAGCUCACCAGUUAGUUGGCGUUGACUAGUAGUAGUAGCUGCCUGCGCCGAGAAACUAGCCCGUCUGACUGCUCUGCCGCGUUACAGGAAGCAAGGAGCGGACGCAAAACGACACGGCGGCUGCCGCUUCUUUCCAUUUUCUCCUGCGAAAUGAAUUAUUUUCCUCAGACAUUUCGAGUCGCCUUUUCGGACGCGAAGGCGAAGCGGGAGCCGCGCGCGAGCCACUUGCACUUCGCUCCCGCUGCACACAUUUCUAGCUAGUAAGUGGCUUAGUUAUUCUGUUAUUGUUUUUUAACGCUCGGCGGUUUCUUGAGGAGCUCCGCUCGAUUUUAAUAACUAGCGAGCUGAAGCCGGCCCGUUUGGCUUUAAAUCUCCUUCUCCAUAUUGAUAUUUUUCAAUAAGGCGGGACUUGUGGAACACCAGUCCAGUGCAGAGCCCGACUAUCACGGUACGGCGCGCUACUGCUCUAGUCGCGAGCCAGCUAAUUAGCCACUUUAGCAGCGUGCAUGUGAAAAAAGAAGGAAGGGGAAAAAAACGUUCUCUUAGUCGCCUCCUAGUGCCGUUUCAGUUCACACCCGGAGCCGCUUAUACAUUAAGAAACGUUUUUAUGAAGCCAUUUCCCCAUUUUUCUGUCCCCUCGGCCGCGCUCGCUCGCUCUCUCACGCGCCUUGUUUUUGUCGUCACUCGUAAUCAUGUCGUCGUCCGUCUUGUCUGAGCGACUCUGAGAACCGAGGCGUGCGAGCCGAGCAAUAAUAAACAUCCCUGAGCGCGAGCGGAGCCCCGCUCCCCCUCACCCCCUCCACCCCUGCCUCCCGCUCCUGGAUGACUUUAAUCCGGCGCUCAGUGGACUCUGGUCGCGCGACACGCCGCUUCCCUCGCUGAUCGCGAGACACACGCCGUGACUGGACGCCCCCCGGGGAAGCCGGCUCCCUGCGCGCCCACUGACGGACGGGCAGCGCGCGCCUUUUCUUCUACCGACCCCGCGGAUCCGAGCCCGGCUUGAAGAUGGCGGACCUCGAAGCGGUGCUCGCCGACGUGAGCUACCUGAUGGCCAUGGAGAAGAGCAAAUCUACUCCCGCGGCCCGGGCCAGUAAGAAGAUCGUGCUCCCGGAGCCCAGUAUUCGGAGCGUUAUGCAGAAGUACCUGGAGGAGAGAGACGAGCUCACGUUCGACAAGAUCUUCAAUCAGAAAAUAGGUUUCCUGUUGUUCAAAGAUUUCUGCAUGAAUGAGAUUGAUGAGGCUGUUCCUCAGCUAAAGUUUUACGAAGAGAUUAAGGAGUACGAGAAGCUGGAUUCUGAAGAGGAGCGGCUCUACCGCAGCAGGCAGAUCUACGACGUCUAUAUCAUGAAGGAGCUGCUCUCCUGUUCCCACCCCUUCUCCAAGACAGCGGUAGAACAUGUCCAGACUCACCUGGCCAAGAAGCAGGUGCCUCCCUCCCUCUUCCAGCCGUACAUUGUGGAGAUCUGUGACAGUCUACGAGGGAAAAUUUUCCAGAAGUUCAUUGAGAGCGACAAAUUCACACGCUUCUGCCAGUGGAAGAAUGUAGAGCUCAACAUCCAUCUGACAAUGAACGACUUUAGCGUCCACCGAAUCAUCGGUCGGGGUGGUUUUGGAGAAGUGUACGGCUGCCGGAAAGCGGACACGGGCAAGAUGUAUGCCAUGAAGUGUCUGGACAAAAAGAGAAUCAAGAUGAAGCAGGGUGAGACCCUGGCCCUCAAUGAGAGGAUUAUGUUGUCGCUGGUCAGCACUGGGGAUUGCCCUUUUAUUGUUUGCAUGACAUACGCCUUCCACACUCCAGACAAGCUCUGCUUUAUCUUGGACUUGAUGAAUGGUGGAGACCUGCACUACCAUUUGUCCCAGCAUGGAGUGUUCAGUGAAAAGGAGAUGCGUUUCUAUGCUGCUGAGAUCAUCCUGGGCUUAGAGCACAUGCACAAUCGGUUUGUCGUCUACAGGGACCUCAAGCCUGCCAACAUCCUUUUGGAUGAACACGGACACGUGCGCAUCUCCGACCUGGGUCUGGCGUGCGACUUCUCCAAGAAGAAACCGCACGCGAGCGUAGGAACUCAUGGCUACAUGGCGCCCGAGGUCCUGCAGAAGGGGACGGCCUACGACAGCAGUGCCGACUGGUUCUCCCUGGGCUGCAUGUUGUUCAAACUGCUGCGAGGGCACAGCCCUUUUCGGCAGCACAAGACCAAAGACAAACACGAGAUUGAUCGUAUGACGCUCACCAUGAAUGUGGAGUUGCCGGACUCUUUCUCGGCCGAACUCAAGACUUUGUUGGAAGGGCUCUUACAGAGAGAUGUGGCGAAACGGCUCGGUUGCCUCGGACAAGGGGCGCAAGAGGUAAAGGAGCACGUCUUCUUCAAGGGCAUAGACUGGCAGCAGGUUUAUCUCCAGAAGUAUUCGCCGCCCUUGAUCCCUCCUAGAGGGGAGGUCAACGCAGCAGAUGCCUUCGACAUCGGCUCCUUCGACGAGGAGGACACCAAGGGCAUUAAGCUCCUGGACAGCGACCAGGAGCUCUACAAGAACUUCCCCUUGGUGAUCUCAGAGCGUUGGCAGCAGGAGGUGGCUGAGACUGUGUAUGAGGCUGUCAACAGUGACACGGACAAGAACGAAGCCCGCAAAAGGGCCAAGAACAAGCAGCUGGGCCACGAGGAGGAUUAUGCGUUGGGGAAGGACUGCAUCAUGCAUGGCUACAUGCUGAAGCUGGGGAACCCCUUCCUGACACAGUGGCAGCGCAGAUACUUCUAUCUGUUCCCAAAUCGCGUCGAGUGGCGAGGGGAAGGCGAGUCGCGGCAAAAUCUGCUGACCAUGGAGCAGAUCGUGAGCGUUGAGGAGACACAGAUCAAGGACAAGAAGUGCAUCCUGCUCCGGGUGAAGGGAGGGAAGCAGUUUGUGCUGCAGUGUGAGAGUGACCCGGAGUUCGUCCAGUGGAAGAAGGAGCUCACGGAGGCGUUCACCGAAGCCCAGAAGCUGCUGCGUCGAGCCCCCAAAGUGAUCGGCAAGAGCCGCACUGGAGUGGUGGAGCUGUCCAAGCCUCCGCUCACACACCGCAACAGCAAUGGCCUCUGAGCACCCCCCACCGAGCUCCUGCUGCCCCACCUCUCAAACCCUUGCUUUAGACCCCCCCACCCCCAUGAGCCCCCCUGCAGCUGCAGCAUCCCAUUGACAACCUCCAGUCUGCUGCCAGAGAUCCUAGAUGCCUGCGCUUGCGCGCGCGCGCACACACACACACACACACACACACACACACACACCAGGAGUGUACUGCCUCAGAAUGUCCUGGUACCUCACAGCAGUCACAUGUGAACACACACCUCCUCGCUUUCUCAUGCACUCUCUCUUUUUCCCUUUCUCUCACGGGCACACACACAGGUCCUCAUUGGUGACACGUGGAGGUGUGUGGUGGUGAAGCUCUUAAGGACAACACUGAUUGUGUUCACUGGAGUAGUUGUGCACUUCCCCCCCAGUCAAUUCAGAGGUUGGAGGACAAAGGGGCAGCACUGUGGACAAACCCCCCCACCCCCCCACCUUGUCGCCAGCACUGUCCUGUCAAACCCCCCUCCCCCUUCCUGUGCAGAUGGGCUUCUGUUGCUGUGCUGCAGGUACUGUGCACGUAGUGCCCUCUACUGGGGGUCUGCUGUGCCGCAGUUCGUCUCCCCAUCAGCUGGGGGGGGGGGGCAUGAGUCUCUAGGCGUGUGCGUAGAUUCCUUUCUUUUAAAGACACACUCCAGUAGUUCCACGCUCCACAUGUUACAUUGGAAGCAGGAAGGACCCCAUUGGAAGCAGCGACUCGAGGAACAGCGCCACUCAAAGGAAACGGAAACCAGAGCACCAGUAGGGGAGAAUGAGCUCACCAAAGAACACAGUCAAUCAUUUGAUAAUGCCACUCCCUGAGUGAGACCCCCCCCACGUCCUACAUCUUACCCUGUGGUGACUGUGGACUACAUUUGGGCUCAUGGCCUGUCUAUGGACAGAUUUCCACUUUCCUUAUGCUUGUUCUUGGCUGGAGCGGCGACCCCCUGCAGAGAGAACGGCGGGCUUCCACAAGGACCGGAGCCGGGGGCACACGAGACUCGAGGGACGGCACCUCAUUUGAUUUCGGUGUCUGCCUGUCUCUCUCUCUCUCUCUCUCGCUCAUUGGGAGCACGUGAAGCACAAAGGGGUACGGUGUGAAUGUGUGUGAAGGGUGUGUUGUCAUGGGAACCUGUUGUGUUCCCUCGGGACAAGAAUGUACGGAAAGGACACGUCUGUUGGACUGUGAAUGGGACACGGAGGACAUUGCGCUGAGACCUGAAUGAAGUGCAUCAAGUGCCAAUAUAAACAUUUUACUGGAGACACUUGAGAGUGUGUUUAAAUGCAGGACCUGCCCCCCCCUCUCUGCCCCUCCCUCGACGUGAACACGCUGGAAUGAACACCGCAAGUGGUUUUGUUGGGACACCAAGACACCUGACGCUGGUGGAGCUCUUCCGACCCUUUAAGCUGUUUUCACGAAGGAGGUAUAACCCCCCCGGCAGGGCCAGAGGAAGGGGCGGGGCGUCAGGGUGGGGUGGUGGAGAGGGGGAUCUUGGGAAAGUUUGCUCUCGCUGUACAUAGAGAAACGUUUCUCCCUCGUGCAUCUGCCGUAUAUCUACUCUAGACAAUGUUUGUAUAUAUGGGCCGUUGUGUGUCUGCCUGUAUGUGUUUCUGUACCCUGUGGGGGAGGGGGGGUCUUGACCGCUUUCACUCAUUUGUCUCACCAAUGAAAUAUUUGCUUGCUUGUGUGUGUGCGCGCGCAUUGCGCUCUGGCCUUUCAUGUGUCACUCAAGCUGACAUCACCUGAGGGAAAUGGGGGGCAAAGAUAUUCCUCCUUGUGUCGGGGAGCAGUGUGUUUCUGUGUGUAAGGCUAAUACACACACUCACACACACUUGGCACCGAUUGGACAGUUGUGCGCACACACACAUACACACCGGGAUAAGCCAUGACGUGAACACAGAGGAGAAACAGCCUGACACGCACCUUCAUCCAAAAAGAUAGUACACACUCCCCUGCAGAUAUGGGUAGGUACAUUGCCGAGCACAAGCGUGUGUGUGUGCGUGUGUGCGCGUGUGUGCUUCCUCACUGAUUGUCUAGGGGAGGCCAUCACAGGCGCAGGCCAUCAGAACGGCUGUGGACCACUGUUACUGCGGAGACAAUUGUAACCCUUCUGUUACAGGACUUCUUCUGACUUCUUUGUUGUCUUUUGUUUAGAAUGUGACACAAUGCAAAUUUCUGUUGUUUAUUCUAGGGAUUUUGCUCCUUUUUGCUUUUAUUUUUUAUUUACCUGGGUUACUUGUAUGCUUUUGUAAAGCGAAAGGUAGCACACAGGUGGGCUCUACACAGGAGAUCUUCAGCUUUUACUUUAUUUUUUUUAAUUGUUCUAUUUGCAGUCUCAAGUUCACACAUUUCAGACUUUCGGCUUUAAAUACAAAGUGUUUUCGGGGAGGGGGGGGUCAAACUCUGUGUAGCCUUUGAGUGGGUGGGUGGCUACUAUCUUUGAGGUGAUCCCUGUUGCUCCCUGAGCCUUAACUGCAUGACUUUCUGGACAGUUCUGUGGUAGAGGCCGAGCCCAAGAACCAGCCUGCCUGCCUGCCUUUCCAUGUGCCAAACUGUAGGGGGCGACUCGCCGCUCGUGUGUGAUUGUGACUGAAGGGGUUCAGUCCUCUUACACAUGGACUCUGUGUGUGUGUGUGUGUGUGUGUGUGUGUGUGUGUGUGCGCGCGCCAUGUUUGAGCACCAGCAUUCAAAUAGGUACAUAGAGAAUUUGGCGGGAGGGCUGUGCGGUCCAAGAGCACUCCACCUGCUCCCCCUGGGCUUUUAUUGCUUUAUUUUCUGGGGGGGUGGAUGUCAAGACAAGCGGGGAAAUCUCCAGCUCAGCUCCUCCCUGUCAAAGAUGGCGCUACUCCCGCCCCCCCACCCCCCGGUGGUAACUGGUCAUUCACUUUGUGGACAGUCAUCAACGGCCCUUUGUUCCAUUAGUGUUUGUCUGACAAAUACAAGAUGUGCAAAAACAGUGAUGUUACAGGAGGAGAUGAGUGAAAUACUAAGAUAGUGACCCAAAUAAAGGUGUGUGUGUGUGUGUGUGUGUGUGUGUGUGUGUGUGUGUGUGUGUG